AUGCCUUCACAACGGAGGCUUCGCCUAAUCGUCAUUGCGGUCAUCGCGCUUCUGUUCAUGGUAUUUUAUUACACUGACGAAGCAAGCAAGAUCCAAAACCAACAAUUCUACCGUUCAACGCUGGCAGCAAUGAAAGCGAAGGAGCAAGCCAAGAACGCCAAGUCACAAGAGAAGAUCCAGAAACCUGUCCCUGCGCCGGGACAGAAUGGCGCAGCCGUUGCUGGUGAUAAGGUGCCCGUCGCCGAGGUUCAGAAAGCUGCGAUUCCCCCUGCUACAGAGAAUGAAGAUACGGAGGAGAUUCCAAUUGCGGGACGGACGAAGAUGACUGUCCCUAAGAAGGUGAAUCAACCUUCGGAGGUUCAAAAGCCGGCUAAGAGUGAGGAGGAGAAGGAGCGCGAGGAGAGGGAGCAAAAAGAGGCGGAGGCGACGACAGAGCUCAAUGCAAUUCUUAAGCGCUCCCCAAUUAUCAUCUUCUCCAAAUCCUAUUGCCCUUACAGCAAGAGAGCCAAGUCAAUCCUACUGGAGCAUUACUCCAUCCAGCCUCCGCCGUUCGUGGUCGAAUUGGACCAGCACCCGCUUGGGCCGAAUUUGCAGGCCCUGCUCGCGCAGAGUACAGGGCGGCGCACCGUUCCAAAUGUUCUGGUCAACGGCAAGAGCAUCGGUGGCGGGGACGAUGUUGCGGCAUUGGAUCAGAGCGACGAGCUGGCUUCGACGCUGCGACAGAUGGGCGGGAAAUGGAUCGCGGAUGUCUCGCGCCAGGAGGUAGAUAAUUCACUACCCAAAGUGGCCCUAAGCGACGCACAAUCCCGUGACAUCCAAUUUCGCUCCACCACCAAGUCCAUUCGAAUUUUGAACCUCCCCGACAUCGACAAUCUACACCCCCGGCAACCACCAAAAGUCACGUCAAGAUGCGUGAAGGUCCACAUUAAGUCCCGCGUCGUGACUGUCGAGGGUCCCCGCGGCAAGCUCGUUAAGGAUCUCUCCCACAUUGCCGUCACCUUCGGCCGCCCCGAGAAGAAUGUUAUCUCCAUUGAGCUGCAUCACGGUGCCCGCAAGGGUGUUGCCACUCUCCGCACCGUCCGCACCAUCAUCAACAACCUCAUGAUCGGUGUCACCCGUGGCUUCAAGUACAAGAUGCGUUACGUCUACGCUCACUUCCCCAUCAACGUGAACAUCGAGCCCAACCCAGAGACUGGCCGCGCUGUCGUUGAGAUCCGCAACUUCCUUGGCGAGAAGUACGUCCGCCGCAUCACUGCCCAGCCCGAUGUCGAUAUCGCUCCCUCCGCCAACGUCAAGGAUGAGCUUAUCCUCACCGGUAACUCCCUUGAGGGUGUUUCCCAGUCCGCUGCCGACAUCCAGCAGAUCUGCCGUGUCCGCAACAAGGAUAUCCGUAAGUUCUUGGAUGGUCUUUACGUGUCGGAGAAGGGCAACAUCAUUGAAGAGUAA